GUGUAGGCAACUGACGUGUCAAGAUGGCGGACCGACAGUCGAGCGAAUAUUCUUCUAAACCACAAACCCCUCGUUCUUCAAACCAGGGGAUAUCCCUAGCUAAUUUAUCACAACCUUUGAUCUUUGGUUCUGCUCUUAUGCCCACUUUGCAGCCAGUAGAAACGACGCCAAGGUCUUCAGGAUCCACGGAAAGCAGCUCCUCCAUCGGCGCAGAAACCACUGGUGGGCUACUUGCUCUGGAUCCUGAUGAAGAAGUGGACAGUUUUCUUGGCCAGCAAAAUUCGCCCCAGCAGAAAACAUCAUCAUCAUCAUCACACCAAGGAUUCAGAACCCCACAAGCACCUGUGCAAACAUCUACAAGUUUCCAGGCAUUCAGGACUCCUCAACCUGGACAAAUGGCAACUGGUGCCCUAUUUUCUAGCACAAGUAGCCCUCAACUAACAUCAGCAUCAACUCAACCCACCUCUCAAAGUAACCCUCGGCAUUUUACCAUGAGUGCUUCUGGCCAUGAAAUGGACCAAUUUCUUCCUCCACAAAAACAUGCAAGUCCACUAGGUACUGGAUCAUUCUCUAGUUCCCAGGCUCCACCAAGGCAUGCAGCACCACAGCACCCCCAGGUACCAGCUGCAUCUGCAGGUCUACCAGCCUCAUUGGCAGGUUUUCCUCUGACAAGUUCCACGGGGUAUCAUACCCAUACCCAACCCCCCCAGCUUCCAUCAGUAGGAUACCCUCAGAUACCAGCCAGUGGUACCACCCAGUCUUCGUUGGCAGCAGGCCACACCCAGUUAACAUUAUCACAGCCUCCCACAACAGGCCAUACCCAGUCACCAUUAUCUCAGCCUCCUAUUGCAGGCUAUACCCAGCCUGCAGUCAUAAGCCAAGGUCAAAGUCGCCGUGUGUACCCGAAAGCUGACCUACCAUUUGGAGUUACACACCCUUCACAGCCGUCCAAUAUUCAAGACCCCAUGGGUGGGGCCCCACAUGUACCCCUCUACACACCACAAGCACCUACUGGCUCACAGAUUGGAGCACCCCCCUUCUUCUCACCUCCACAGUCAACAUAUCCAUCAACAGGACUGCCCCCAUUGUACCCCCAGGCACCACCCAUGCCGCCAGCACAGGAAAACCAGCAAUACAUCCAGCCCCCUAUGGUUCAUCCAGCAGGGGUGCCGCCAGGUGGUGUGCCGAUAUUCAAUGUCGAACCUGUCCGGCCACAUUGGUUCUACAUGAAAGAGAAUCGUGUAUGGAUGCCAUUUUCGCACAUUGACUCUGAGGCACUAGAGCAUGAGUUUAGUAAGCCAACCACCAAGGAAGACAGAAUAGUGCCCACAGAUGGUGGUCGGUAUGACGUGAAUGUUGAUGAGAGGGUGCGAAGGGCGGUGUAUUGGGAGGAGGAUGUUUCUGUGGUUAGGAGGUGCACAUGGUUCUUUAAGGGUGAUGGUGGUGUCAAACUUGUGCCAUACAAGGAGGAGAUGGCUGCAACACUUGAGGCUGAGUUUUACUCUGCAGUUCGUCAGAAUCAAUGGCCACGUAAGAUUGUCAUCAGUGACUCAGAGUAUGUUUUACUUCACAACACCAACGUCAUGGUUCACUUCCAAACGUGUGGGCCCACAGAUUGGAGUGGGGAGGACAGUGGCUGGAGACCCAAGGUUGUACGGCGGGGUGUGGCCGAUAUAGAGGAAGACAUUGAAGAUGGUGAACCAGCUCAGAUCGACCAUUUGGUGUUUGUCAUCCAUGGAAUUGGGCCGAUAGCUGAUCUACGCUUCAGAAACAUCAUAGAAUGCAUUGAUGACUUACGUAUGGUCACAUUAUCGAUGCUUAAUGAGCACCACCAAGAGCUAGCCAAGGGGCGGACCAUCGGUCGCAUUGAGUAUCUACCAGUGCAAUGGCAUGACAAGCUUCACAAUGAUUCCAAUGGUGUAGAUGAGCGACUUCAUUCAAUCUCUUUGAAGAGCAUCAGCAAGCUGAGAGAUUUCACCAAUAGUACCCUGCUGGACAUCUUGUUCUACACAAGUCCUACAUACUGCCAAACAAUUGUGGACACUGUAGGAUCUGAGAUGACAAAUCUACUGGCUUUAUUCAGGAAAAGGAAUCCCUCCUUCAAAGGCCAAAUAUCAGUGUGUGGGCACAGUCUGGGUUCAAGUAUCAUGUUUGAUAUUCUAUACCAUCAACAAGACCCCAAUGCCACCAAGAGUGCCAAGCAGUCCCCACCUGCCCAACAGCAUAACAGCACGCAAAUGUCAGAAGACUCCACCGAUUCUGCUGCUCUGGAGCUGUCUGAGGAUGAGGAAGAGUCUGGCCAGGAGCUACCAGAGGUGUUAAGCCAGCUUGGGCUACAGGACUAUACUGCCCUUUUUGAGUCUGAGAAGAUAGACCUCAAUACGCUGUCACUGUGCAGCGAGUCAGAUGUUAAGGAGAUGGGUCUACCCAUGGGUCCUCGCAAGAAGCUUAUGGGUUACCUGAGACAGCAUGCUGCACUUCAGGAGAAACACAAAAAGGAAAAAGAGAAACGUGCCAAAGCCCGAGCUGAAUCAAAGCUUAACAGCGCAGAGAUGGUUUUGACUCAAUCUACUAGCUCACUCCAGUCCCUUGGCACGGUGGAAAGUGUGGAAGUGCUCUAUCAUCAAGGCUAUGCUGGUACGGGACAACCAUAUGUGAAGUACCCCAAGCUUGCCUUCAAACCCUUCGCUCUCUUUGCACUUGGCUCCCCGAUAGGAAUGUUUAUGACAGUCAGGGGUGUGGACCAAGUUGGACCCGACUUCAAGCUUCCAACUUGCCAGAAAGUCUUCAACAUCUUUCACCCGUUCGACCCAGUGGCAUACCGACUGGAGCCCCUGGUCGACUCAACGUUUGUCAAGGACCCAAUCAUGAUAAAACACCACAAGGGACGCAAACGCAUGCACCUAGAAUUGCGUGACAACCUAAGUCGUUUUGGCGCCACGCUCAAGGCAAGUCUUAUCGAGUCGGUGAAAAACACAUGGGAAUCGAUCAACGAGUUUGCCCGGGCGCAUGCCUACUCAGAUGGAGUCGUGUCAUCUACACAGCAGCAGAUAGAUCCACCUUCUACUCCCACAUCGAUAGCGAGUGACACUGAAGUUAUUUCUGAAGAUGAGACCGACACCUUGCUAAGGAUCGGACAGCUCAACAGUGGUGAUCGAAUUGACUAUGUUCUUCAGGAAAGACCGUUAGAAAGCCUGAAUGAGUACCUCUUUGCGUUGAGCAGUCAUGUUUGCUACUGGUUGUCGGAGGACACGGCGCUGUUUAUUCUGAGAGCGAUUUACAAAGAUGGAAUAACUACGUAAUACACAGAUGAAAAAUAAACAGAAAUUAUAAAUAAUGAACUAUUUUCAAAAAAAGUAAAGAAAAUUAUUUUAUCGAGUAUACCACUUCCUCUCGUACCCGGGAAUAUCUUAUUGCACGAAGACGAAGUACUGGGAACGAGUUGUGACAAAAAAUGACAGAAAGAUAAACCAAUCAUUGCUUGAGUAUAAAAGUACUAAGUACAUUUUAAACGCAAAGCGUUCGUACAAUUUAUUGAAGAUUUCACUAGGUUAAAGAUUAUUAAAGAUAAAAAUGCUGGAAAA